AUGGGUCGCCGUAUUCUGUCCCAUGCUUUUAGUGAGAGAGCAGUUUCAGCGCAGGAGCCUUUGGUACAAAAUUAUGUUGACCAACUCAUCACGAGACUGAGAGAGGCUACAACGACAAAAGACGAUUUGUAUCAACGUGCUUUAGGAGAACCUUUUGGGUGUCUGCAAGAUCUGUCAACACACCAAUAUGUGGUUCUUUUAUUAGAGUCUUUCAAGUCAUUGAGGAUCUUAUAUGUCCUUGCUCACUUCCCCUGGCUUAAGUACUUGGGCAAUCUAGUUAUUGAUCAGAGACAAGUUCAGAAGCGCAAGGAAUAUUUGUCAUGGGUUUCUGGUCAAGUGAAGAAGAGAAGGGAGCGAAAUACGACACGUCCAGACUUCAUGACAUUAAUCUUAGCCAACAAUGGCAAUAGAGGGGCGAAGCUAUCAGACGAAGAGAUUAACUCAAAUGCCUUUCUGUUUCUCAAUGCUGGAUCAGAGACUACUGCAACGUUAUUAAGCGGUCUCACCUUUCUUCUACUAAAGAAUCCAGCAGCCAUGAAGAAGCUGAAAGACGAGGUUCGUCUGAGGUUUUUGACGUACGAAGAAAUUCAGCUUGCAGCUGUCAGCGGCAUGCCAUAUCUUAAUGCGGUUAUAUCAGAAGGGUUAAGAUAUUUCCCGCCAGUGCCUGUUGGGUUUGGAAGGGCAGUAAAUCGAGGUGGCGAAUUCGUGGAUGGUUACUUCUUACCGGAGGGAUGCGUGGUAUCCGUCAGUCACUAUGCGGCAUAUCACUCAGCUAGCAACUUUAAGAACCCGGAGAGCUUCAUCCCGGAAAGAUGGUAA